CCUACAACUUUACAAACUUCACGAUUCCUCGCAUUUCUCAACGUGCGUACACUAGCUAGGUCGUACCUGGGCGCGUCUAGCUAUCAUCUAGGGACGCCUGGUGCACUGUUCCUGAGAGGGAGAGGCCAUGGACAAUGGCGACGGCUCAUCUCUGGCUGACGGCGCCGGGCUUCUCCCGCUCUUCGCCCGCUCUGUGCAGGCCGAGGGUCUCGAGGAGAAGCUGAGGCGGGUGCAGGAUGAGAACCGGCGGCUCGCCGGCACGCUCGGCGCCUUGCUCGCCGAUCACCCCCACCUGCGUACUCUUGCCAAGUCGCCGGCGUCAGCCAUUGCCGCGACGACGCCGAGCAGCUCCGCGGCCAAUGCAGCGAGAGAGGAGGCCGUCGGCGUGAAGGUGGAGGUUCGGUCGAAGAUCAGGACCGUCUCCACGCGGGCUGAGCCGUCUGACUCCGACGCCAACCUCAUCGUGGAGGACGGGUACCAGUGGAGGAAGUACGGGCAGAAGGUGACGCGCGACAACCCGUACCCCAGAGGCUACUUUCGAUGCGCAUUUGCUCCAUCUUGCCCGGUCAAGAAGAAGGUGCAGAGAAAUGCCGAGGACACGUCAAUGUUGGUUGCGACCUACGAGGGAGAGCACAACCAUGCUCAAUCCUUGGCUGGAGAAUCCACACGCAAUGAGUCCGCUGGCAAGGCUGGGUCCCUACCAUGCUCGAUGUUCCUCAACUCGUCGGGCAAGACGAUCACGCUUGAUCCGGUAAAUCAAGGGCCGUGGUCGACCGUGCAGCCUGCCUCGAGGAAGGUUUUAACGCCAGAUUUUCAGAAGCUCCUAGUGGAUGAGAUGGUGAAUUCACUUAAGAAUGACGGGGAGUUCAUGCAUGCUCUAAUUAAUGCAGUGGCUAAGAAAAUGGUCGAGAAUAUUCCAAACUAUUUUAGUUAAUGCGCUGAAGUAUAUCGGUGCAUGGAAAUGGCCAUAUAUAACUCCUUUUAGGUUGAUUUCUGCCAUAAUCGUGCGGCCCCGAUCAAGCACUCCUAUGUGCGUCAACUCUUAUCCUUUGGCCACUAACCCCCCCCCCCCCCCCCAUCUCCCUUCUUCCCUUUUUCCCCUUUUCCUCCAUAGCCCCCUAUUGCUUAUCGUGCUAGAUUGUCUUGUAAGUCCAUUUAUUCCAAUGUGUGUGUAUGGUAAAUUUGGUACCUUCUUUUAAAUUGCAUAUUUGCAAAUGAUUUCUAUAUAUAAAUAUGUCCCAUGUACAAACAAUAAUAGGAAUAAACA